AUACUUAAUAUUUAAAGUGUGUAUGUAGUCGGCGAAUCAAUAACCUCCAGACUGCACAGCAAUUAGCAUGUAUUUUUACAGUCUUUGCCUGAUAAUGUCAUUUUGGAAGAUAUCUGAGGCCAUCUUUACUUUUCAGUGUCCUGUUCAAUCGCACUGGAAACAUAGAGCAGAAGCGAUCUGUAGUCAUGUAGAUAGUUAUUUUUGCUUGUUUGAUCGAUAUCGAAAUGGUCAAAACUAUACUGAAUUUUGUAGAGAAAAUUCAGAUUUUGAAGCACCAGGACAGAAACUUAUAGUUGCUGGAUCUUUAAACGGAACACUUCAAGGAGCCCUUUGUCGAAAUUUGUUCUACCAACCUUUUAAAUUCCUGUCUUCUGGGAACAGUCGAUGUGUGUAUAAAAAAUCAUACUGCAGUGAAGAAGGUCAAGUCAUUUACGGAAAUGGAACACAGAAAACAGAUAGUUUAUGCCGCUGUGAUUAUAGGAGGGGUUAUAAUUUCAUAACCCGACCAAAACAUGGAUGCUACUGUGAACCAACUACAGAAGACUGUUCUUGUUAUUCUAAGAUGUGUCCAUCUAAUUACGGUUUAUCACCAGAUUAUGAAUGUCUAAAUGAGAAUGAAUGGAAAACUAGUUUUGGCUGCAAACCAAUUCAGGCUGUUCGGUUGCCUGGUAGUUCCCAGAUUCCAUUGACUGUCAAACCUUUCUUUGGACAUUAUACGACAGUGAAGUUUGAAUUUGAGAAGUAUAGAAAGACAGCAGCUGUUGCAGUUUUAGUGAUGACAUUGUUCAUAAUAAAUACUAAUAUGGCUAAUGGAAAAACUGUAACAGAAGGAAACACAGUUGCUGAUAAACAGGAAUCGAAAGAAAAUUUCAGUGAUCUCGAAUUUUUAAAUGUUCCGCCUCAUUUAAAAGAUUUUCAAAUUGAAAAACUUCAUGACUGGGAAAAAAACCUUAACAAACUGGUGAAAACAAGAGCUACAGAGUUCAUCUACCAGAAAAUAUUAAAAAGAAACAUAAUUGUAAUAUCAGGACCGAGUGGUUCUGGUAAAUCGGCAAUUGCUUAUUAUGCAGCAUUCACAUUAAAGAACAUUUAUGGUCAUACAAUUAUUCCUGCCAGACACUCAGAAGACAUUACAAACUACCAUGUACCAGGGACAAAACAAAUUUUCAUCAUCGAUGAUUUUAUCGGAAAGUAUACUGUUAAUGAAACAGACGUAUAUUUAUGGGAAAAACAUUUGCCGUUACUCAAGAGGAUUUUUGGCAACAACGAUGACACAAAACUUAUUCUUACCAGCAGAACAUAUAUUUGGCAACCAGAACAGUUUCAAUGCUUAGGUUUGGAUGCGUAUACAUGUGAUUUAUUAUCUGUUCAAAUACGUCUAUCACUUUCAGAGAGGUGGGAUAUAUGUCACUCUUAUUUGAACAAAGAUGACACGAAAUCUUUAACUGACGAGACAAUUGUGAUGUAUAGUUUCUUUCCAUCUUUAUGCUCCUCAUAUCUAUCAUCGAAAAACGUUCCAGUUGAGCAAUUCUUUACAGUUCCUUAUGAGAUUAUUGAUUAUGAAAUAACUAAUUUCAAAAUCAAAUCACAAGUAAGCUACAUUGCAAUGGCUAUUCUUGCCAUCAGGCAGAAUAUUUCAAAGAACUCAUUUUCCAUAAACAAUGACGAAUUUGAUAAGUUGUUUCAGGAUGUGUUUCAUGAAUUGACUUUUCCUCAUUUUCCAUCGAAAAAUCUUCUUAAGUCUACAUUAGUUGCCCUUACUGGAACAUACGUUAAACAAUUUGUAAAAACAGGCAAUGAUGAUUUCAUUUUUGCCAAUGAAACGUUGCAAAAGAUCGUCCUUCGUUGCAUAGCAAAAACAUUGAUAAAAACAGUAAUCAAGCAUUGUAAAACUGAAGUAAUACUGAAUCAAAUUCAGUUAGAUUGUAUUAAUCAAAAACAGGAUGUCUAUACUAUUGAGAUAACAGAAGAAAACGAAAAGACAUAUUUCCAUCGGCUUGUUUAUGAAUUAGGUAAUGGGUGGAAUAAGUCAAUUUUUGAAAUUGAGCAAAACAACUUUCGAGAUUUCAGGCUUAAGUUUCUCAAAUGCAUGAAAAAGGGUUUAUCUCGUGAUUAUUGGAAAAAAACCGAAGAUGGUAUGCCACCUCUUCACAUUGUGUCUGCUUUAGGAUACCAGGAAUAUGUUUCGUUUUUCGUGCAAGAUAGUACAAUGAUUAAUCAAAGGGACAUUGAUGGCAACAUACCUUUACAUUUGGCAUGCAUGAGAGGACAUAUAGAAAUUGUACAAAAUCUUGUUGAAAAGAAAUCCAGGAUUGACAUAGCAAACAAGGAGGAAGUGAAGCCAUUUGUUUAUGCGUGUGAAAAUAAUCAUAUAGCAGUUGCCAAGUACUUGCUACAUCAUUGUGCUAAGUGGAUACACAUAAAUGAGAAAUAUAAGACAAGAAACAAUGGAAGUGUUCUACACAUAGUAAGUGCAAAAGGUUUUGUAAAUCUUGUGCUUUUACUGCUUCAAUAUAACGCGGAUGUAGACGUACAAGAUGGAAGCAGGUGUACACCAUUGCAUUUGGCAAAAGACAGUGCUGUAGUUAAAGCGUUACUUCAGUUCAAUGCAAAAAUCAAUGCAGUAGAUUCAUUUGGUAGAUGUCCUGUAUAUUUUGCAUGUAUUAAAAAACAGGUAAAGGUGAUUCAACUCUUGAUUUCGAAAAACGCUAAUAUCGAUCAAAGAGCUAUGACUGGAUUGAGGCCGAUACAUGCUGCUUGUCAAUCUGGAAGUACUGACAUAGUAAAAUUGCUUGUAGAGAAAGGUGCUCAAGUAAACAGUGUAAAACUAAGCAUCUCACCAUUACAUAUGGCAUGUAAAGUUGGCAAUGAGAGUAUAGUAAAUUUCUUACUUGAAUCAAAUGCAUCAGUUAACCACAAAACGAAAGAUGGUUUAACACCCCUCCAUCAAGCAUGCAUGGAAGAGCAUAUUAUCGUUGUUAAAAUGCUGUUGGAUUACAAAGCCAAUGUUAAUGAGGCAAAUAAAUAUGGCUGGACGGCACUAUUCUUUUGUUGCUCAAAGGGUUUUUAUACAAUAGUUGAUUUAUUACUACAAUAUGGAGCUCAUGUGAAUAUAUGUGAUGAAGAUAAAGUUAGCCCAUUGAUGGCUGCGUGUAAAGAGGAGUAUACGGAUGUUGUCAAUUUAUUGUUGCGUUCAAAGGCCAAUGUUAAUCAUUGUGAUAAAGACAAUUGUUCAUCUCUUGCAUUUGCUUGUAAAGCCGGGAAUGUAGAUUUGGUCAAUGUAUUGUUGAAACAUUGUGCUGACAUUGAUUUCGCAGAUACGAAUAUGAUAACUCCUCUGCAUACAGCAUGCAUGAAUCAUCAUAAAAAUGUAGUAGUGAUAUUGAUAGAAAAUAAGGCGAAUGUGAACGCGCAAGACAAUACCAGACAGACUCCGCUGUUUAAAUCAAGUUUUAAUGGAUAUAUUGAAAUUGUAGAAAUUCUACUCAAACACGGUGCAUCUGUUGAUAUCUGUGAUAAUACCGGACAAUCUCCUCUCGCUAUUGCUGAAAUGAAAGGACAUAAAGCAAUAUUCGAUGUUUUGAGGCAUUAUAGACCAAUCAAUCAAAUCGUUUGAGAGUC